CGUGGUGGGUAGUAUGCCUGGAUGCCGAGGAAGGCGCAGCACACCCACCAUCUUCGAGCAACCUGAGGCGGACCACCUAACAAAUAAAGUUUUUGAUGUGAGCUUGCUCGAACCACAGUACGGGCCUUUGCUGUAGAUGCCUAGACUUCAUUCUUGUUGCUUUUGUACCCGCUGGGAAUCUAUCGCGCCCUCAACCUACAAAGCAAUGCAGAUAGUCGACGAGUGGAUCUACUACCAUCAAUAUUUCUAGAAUGUCAACUGCUUCGUACAAAACUUCCGCGUCCAAAACGUCCGACUACGACUUUCACAACAAAAUUACCGCGUCCCCGAACGCGGAACACGAAAGAGUGUCUCGACCGAACCACUGUACAACUGUUUUCGCACACUUUACUCAAGAAAUUGUAACCUAUCCGAUCAAAGCCAUGUCAUGGAUCAUAAGAAGAAUGGACAAAACAUUCUGGGAGCGUUGUCCAGUCGGCACCAGGAUUACGCCGUACAUUAUCUUUGACUCGAUCUAUCACUUUAGCUCGGAUCGAGACAGUAGCAGUCUUUCUACCUUCUCGAAAGAUCUGCUACGGAGAUUCCAGGCUACUCGCAGUAUGUGGGCGCUGUCUUUCCAUCCCACAAUGAUGCAAGGUUGGCGAGGGCUACCCGAAGCGAUGUCUACACUUUCAUGGACGUCGAGACUCGUCUUUCUGGCAUUGACAUGCCCAUAUUCAGCAUACGGAACCAUUAAGUUGUAUUCCAUGUGGAUUGUAUAUAUCGGGUGGAGUCUGCUUCUCCUUACUAUCAAUAUCCCUAUCCGACUUUUUCGACAAUCACUGCUUUCGGUCGGCUUCGUUAUUUGGGUUUCGACAUACAGAUACCCGCUAUUCGAGGUCAUAUAUCCUAGACAGCUUCGCAGAAUCUUGCAAAAGAACUCAGACGCCUAUUCUCCGCUUGCGAUUGAUUCUAGAAGCAUUCGAGUCGUCCGUCUUAAGAGUGGAGAGAACAAUGAUGCCAUUAAAUGUGAGCUAGUCACUGGCCCCUUGAACAAUCUCGAAUUCGAGGCAUUGAGCUAUGUUUGGGGUGUGUCUGUAAAGCGUUACAAAGUUCAGGUCAACGAAAAGCCUUUUUUGAUCACGCACAACCUUUUUACGGCACUUCGAGAGCUUCGCCUUACCGAACGCGAUCGUAUUCUUUGGAUUGACGCAAUGUGUAUUGAUCAAUCCAAUACUGUCGAAAGAGGAUCACAAGUGCAGAUGAUGCGCGACAUUUAUAGUAAGGCUUCCAGAACGAUCAUAUGGUUUGGCGAGGCAACAUCUACGACUCCUAUCGUAUUCAGAACCAUUUUUCAUAUUAGCAAUGCGGCUUCUCACGAGAAGGAGAAGCUACUGAGCAGCUUCCGAACACAAUUGCACGUGAAAAGUAUCAAAGAAGAACUCGAUGCUGUCUUGCGCCACGAGUGGUGGCAGCGGGUGUGGGUAAUUCAAGAGGCGGUCGUUAGUCAGAAUGUUUGCGUGCAAAGGGGUCCACUUAACGUUACGUGGCGAGAGCUCAGCAAUUUCAUGUUCUUCUCCAACAUCAUAUGCUAUCAACAAGGGAUUGCGUUCGCAUCAGCUGUGCAGAUGCUACGCGCCAGCCUGCACGAAGACUCCAAGGUUCGACUUUCCAUGCUAGAUCUAGUCGAAAGGUUUCGCGGACAGUCUGCCACGUUUGGUCCAGACAAGAUAUACAGCCUAAUGGGCUUGGUGCAGGCUGGACAACCUUCGCUUCUGGAGGCAGACUACACCAUGACCCCUGAGAAAAUUUUCAUGCAAUUCACUGUCUCUUGUCUCCGCUGUUACGGAAACCUACGAGUACUAGGAUUAGCGGCUAAUGCCGAACUGAGGAGCGCAAGUUGGUGUCGCAACUACAGCCUGAAUAUCGCUGGGGUGGAAGAAAGCCGGCCGCUCCAUGGACUACCUGGAAGGCCGAGACCUUACUGUGCCUCAGGCAAUUCGUCCCUGCGAUAUCAUUUCAGCCUUGAGUACGGAGUCUUGUCUCUUUUCAGCUUGGGUAUGGACGAAAUAGUGGAAGUAGCCGGAGUUUAUAGACCUGGAGCCACUUUGGACACGGUAAAGUGGUCGAAUUUUGUUGACGAAGCACCCCCAGAACGAAAAAUAGCUUUCACCUGCACAGUUGCUGCAGACUGUCUGACCAAGCCCGGGAAGCAAUACAGCCCAUCAGAAGAAGCCGCAUGGAUUGAGCGAUACAGCCAAGCUGUUAACAACGCCUGUGUAAACCGGCAGCUCUUUGUCACACGCUCAGGGAAACUCGGUAUUGGGCCCUGGAACCUCAAGCGCGGUGAUAACAUAGCCAUAUUGAUGGGCGGAAAGACACCUUUUGUCCUGCGCAAAUGCCGCCUGGGAGAGAAGCGUAGAUACAUCAGUGAGUUUGGCAUCCCAGGAGAUGCUUACAAGCUUGUUGGUGAAGCUCAUGUCGAUGGUAUGAUGUAUUACGAAGGGAACGCGGAAGAACGCAUUAAGAGUGGGGAGGUAAGGAUCGUGCCCCUACACCUGUUGUGAUCCAAGGAUCUAUUGCAUACGCCAGCCCACGCGAUUGUGUCGAAAGACAAUACAUUGAACUUGCAGCUUCAGAGAGUAGAGACGCAGCAAGCGCCCCACACGCUAGGCCUAAAGCUGUCUAGACAUCAUUGUGCCCCUCCCCACGUGGUUGACAUGGACGGAAUCUACUUCACUCUGACAGACAUCGCGUCUGUACCCAACGAA